AAUUCACUUUAAAUCAUGAAAAACUUUUAUAUUCUCAAUUUUCAGUCGGAGUCCUCAUCAUCAGCUUCCACAAAAUUUGCCCUACUCAAAUGUGUAUGGUGCAGUCAAUUACUGAGCAUCAAUGAUCGCCCCAAACUCUUGGAAUGUCUGCAUGUUUCCUGCUCACAAUGUGUGAAUACCAAAUUCUCUGAGCUCGAUCGCACUAUGCCGCCACUUAUACAUUGCCCCGUUUGUAAUAUGGCUUCACAGAAUGAGUUUAUCAUUGAUAAUCAAUUUUUGAUCGAACAAUGUACAGCCGCUGGUGAUAACAGUUUGGCCGAUGGCAAUUCCACAGAUGCAUCCAAAGCGACCGUUACAGCUAAUAUCACCUGUAGCAGUUGUUCGGAUAAUGCUAUUGCGACGUCAUGGUGUGUCGAUUGUUCCGAAUAUAUCUGUGACAGUUGUGUGCAGGCGCAUCAACGUCUUAAAAUCACCAAGGAUCACACAAUUAAGCCAAAGGAGGAAGCCAAUAAUGAACAAUUGCCUGGUGCUGCUGGUAUAGAUAAACUACACAUGUGUCAUCUACAUCCGCAAGAGAAACUGUCGCUGUUCUGUGAGACGUGCGACAAGUUGACAUGUCGUGAUUGUCAGCUCAGCGACCAUCGCGAUCACAAAUAUAAAUUUGCGCAUGAAAUUGCCACCGAGACGCGUCAAGCGUUAAAAACGCUCGUCUCGGAAAUCAACUAUAAGCGCUUCCUGCUCUCAUCUGCCACAAAAGUGAUUGACGAUCGACAAAAGCAAAUUGCCGAUCGUAAGAAGGAUCUUAUUAAAGAAAUCACUGCAAUGGUGGUGAAGAUCACAAAUACAGUUAAUAUGCGUGGCAAACAGUUGGCUAUGCGUCUGAAUGAAGUAUGCGAUACAAAAAUGAAGGUUUUGAUCGAGAAGAAGGACGCGUUGCAGCUGUUAUCCGACAACACCGAUCACUGCAUCGAGUUUAUGGAGAACGCUAUGGAGAAGGGCAGCGAUUAUGCGAUUCUAUCGAGUAAAAAAUCAUUGGUGCGACAUUUGCAGAAACUGAAGUGUCAACGAGCUGACAUACCAAAUCCAGAAAUUCCCGUGCGUAUUCAAGUACAGUUAAAUCAAGUCUCUGAACUGCAAAAAGUUAUUUCUCAACUCGGCACUGUUAUUGUGGACGGUAAACCAUAUCCACCGGCACCAUCCACAAAUGGACCGCCACGCCAGCAGCCAAGUCCCAAUAUGGCACCACCAUUACGACCGGGUCUUCCACCAGGUAUGCCUGCUGGCAUGUCUCCUACUGGACCACCAAGCGGAUACGGACCUCAGAAUGGACCGCCAAUAUACAAUAACAGCUCUUCGGCACAACAACAAUUUAACAACAUGCAAAUGAAUCGAAACUAUGCUGCCGAAGGCGCAGGUAAGGUUCGUUUCGGCGCAAUGCCACCGGGUAUGCAACGUCAAGGUCAGCCACAUGUUAGUUCCUCCACACAUCCUCAAAAUAUGGACAUGAGCUUGCGUGGCCUUCUAAAUAAUCAAGCAGCUCAGAGUUCCAAUCAAGCUCAUAUAUCAUUCAAUGGUCCACCGAAUUAUCCCGGUGGCCCACAAGGCGCAGCUUCACCACACCAGCAAAUGAAUACCCAAAUGAGGCCGCAUUUUAUGGGCGGUCCUCCAGGCCAACAACAUCAGAAUUAUCCGCAGAAUACGCCUGGUGGACCGAAUAACCCGAAUUAUAUAAACAAUACUGCGCGCUUCCAGAACUAUCAACGCAUGUCGAGUCACGCGCAACAACAGGCCGCAGUAGCGGCCAUGUCAAGCGCGGGCGGUCCUGGUGGUCCAUGCGGCAGCCAAAUACCGUCACCAAACCCCAUGCAGCGACCGCAAAUCAUGCCCAAUCCCAUGCAGAAUAACCUGGGGUUUCAUGGGAGUCAGCCUGGCUUCAGUCCCGGGCCGCCACAAACCGCGCCACAAAUGAACAGUAGUUUGAGCAGCAUGCACAGCAUGGCCAAAUGGCACAUACCUCAAUCAGCGCAACAGACAAACGCUUGCCCACAACAAGGUCCUCUAAUGCAGUUUGCCAACGGCCGUCAAACAGAGAACUUUAAAAUUUCCUUAAAAUCUCCAAAUACUCUAAAGAAUACCACACCAAAUGGCAGCUCAUCGGCACAUAGUAUGCAAGGCAAUAGUGCGUCUAGCUUACAUGCAGCUUCGCUUGGGCUCGGACCAGCUGUUUCCAUCUUACCCAAUGUCACAUCAACGAAUCCAAAGACGCCGAGCCCGAGCACUAACGAGAACGCAAAAGAUUUCACUGAACCGAUUGACAAGGUCCGUGACGAUUCCAUAAACGAUCUAAUAGCUACCAUUGCCAAAUUGGAUUCGAAUGGUGUUCAGGUGCUGCCGGAGGGACGUACAAAAACCACAUCGCCGCAAGUGCACAGCUCAACAGACCUAUCCAAUACUCAAGAAGUUAAUACUAAAAAUGAUCAAAAAGACGACCCGAACGAAGAUUGGUGUGCCGUUUGCCUUGACGGUGGAGAGCUAAUGUGCUGCGACAAGUGCCCGAAAGUAUUCCAUCAGAAUUGUCACAUACCCGCCAUCAGUUCAUUGCCGGACGAAAGCGAAAGUUGGCAAUGCCUGCUGUGCGUGAACCUCAAAGAGCUGGCUAACAACACCGACAACACACAGAAAGCACCUGGCGAAUUAAGUCGGCUGGAAUUGCAGAUCAUGCAACGCAUUUGUCUCGAAUUGUAUUGCCAGUACGAACAGAGUCUACAUUUCCGCGAGCCGGAACCGCCUACCAAUACAGCCUACUAUGAAAUUAUUUGCAAUCCCAUGUCUUUGGAUGUUAUACGUACACGAUUGGACCCGACCAGCCCAAAUCAUUAUAAGGAUAUCGCUGGCUUUGUGUCAGAUGUGCGUCUAAUAUUUAAGAACACUUAUCUCUUCUAUCAAGAGGACUCAAAAACAUUCACAAAUGCAAAAUAUUUGGAGAACUUUUUCGAGGAACAAUUAUCCAAAUGGCUGCCAAACUUCGCCAGCAAGACAAAUUCAAACAUGACCAAUGGCAGUGCCAACACAAACAGCAACAAUGCCGCCAUUAUCAGCAAUAAUAGUGCUUCCACAUCGUCUGCAGCUUCGCCAGGUCUCAUGAAUCUAGCAACCGGCCCCUCGGCUUCGCCCGGUGUUAUUGCAGCUAUGGAGAAUGGUAGAAAGAGCAUUGCAGAAUUCCGACUGGAGGAUGACUCGUGCAUUCCGGCGAAAAGAUCACGUAAACUAACCGAAUAGGAUAAAUUUAAUCAGCUACUUAACAGCAUGCUAGCAACAAUCAACAAUGGCAAUGAAAGCGAGGAACUGCUCGCGCUGCUCAGCCUAUGCUGCCCACCACAGACGCAGCCGAAUCUGCUUUUCUAAUGGCCAGUCACAAGGGCGAAAUGUGAUGACAAAAACAAGGACUUUCAAAAUUGUUAACGCUAAUGCACAAAAUUAGUGAAAAGAUGCGCAGAAAAGAAAGCUAAAACUACGCAUGUGCAAGAUAAACAAAACACAUGCAAAAUCACAGCAAAAUAAUAAAUAUUUUCAUGUUUGGUUUGUAACCUCAAAAUACGUAUCGUUGCUGAGCGAUUUAGUGCAGAGCAAAUUGUACUCAUUUAGCAUAAUAUUUACAAAGAUUUUAUUGGCAUCAUCGAAUUUAUACACAAAAAAUGUCACUGCGCACGCGCACUGCGUAAUGGUAAGCUGGCUUCUGAAACCAUACGGAAUUGACAUUGAGAAGCUUCCUCAUACUAAUGACAACAAUAAACGUUUGAUAAUACUUUGAUGAAAACCACUAACUGUUUAAGUAUAGACAUUAUUUGAAAGACAUCGUUUUGAAAUUAACUAAUACUAAUACAUGUUGUAAAUUUAAUUAGAUUACUAAAAGUAAAAAAAAAACAAAAAAAUACAC